GCUAAGAAAAUUAUUGUCUUUAAAUAUCAGUUUCAUAUAUGUAAUUAGUGUUUUUCGAUUUUGUGGCAUCGCUAUCAUGAUGAUUUCAAUACCAUCGGUAACUUUGUGGGAAGUGUUUCUGCAUAUUACGUAUGCAUCUGGCGGGGUAGUGCAGCUCUACAUAAUAUGUCAUUGUGUGCAACAGCUAUUAGAUGCGAGUAUUGAAAUAACGGAUUCUGCAUUUCACGAAAGAUGGUACCAAUACGGAGCGUACAUAAAACGUAUAUUUCUGUUUAUGAUAAUGGCAAAUAAUUUAGAAAUUAAACUAUCAACGUUUGCAAAGUACAAUCUUUCCCUGUCUUCAUUCAUGGCAAUUUUAAAUCAAUCGUAUUCAAUCGCUCUUUUGCUAUUAAAAACUAGUUAGAAAGUUGCUGCAAAAAUUUUAUGUAAAAAGAUUGUCUUCACACUUGUAGAUUUUUGGAUAAAACGCAGAAGCAGUGGUUAGAAAUUUUUAAAUCUAAUUGUACAAGUAUUUAUGCUUACUUAUAUAUUUAAAAUAAAAAAUUUUACUCACUAAAUUGUAAUACUCAAUUAAUCUUUUAAUAGAUAUUCUAAAUUCUAGAUAUUGUAAUACUUUAAACUCUACUUCUAUAUAUAAAAAAUUUAUAAAAAAUUUU